UGAUUUGAUGCUUUGUAGCGGUUCAGACACCUCACACAAUCAAAACAACGUAACAAGACACUUAAGAUACGGGAAAGACACAGAUUUCAACCACUAUGCCUGUGGCAGCCACCAGCACUGAGCAUGCAGUGCCACAGGUGCUGGACACUCUGAGUGACAGCACCAGCUCCACCACUGCCAAUGACCUGGACCUCAUCUUCCUCAAGGGCAUCAUGGAGAGUCCAGUGAGUGCAGAGAGUCUAGAGGAGGCACGUCUGGAGGCCGUGAGGGACAACAACGUUGAGCUGGUGCAGGACAUCCUGCGAGAGCUGAGCCCCUUCACAAAUCGCAGCAACACUGCCGCAGAGCUCUCUCGCAUCCUCAACCAGCCCCACUUCCAGUCUUUGUUGGAGACCCAUGACUCUGUGGCUUCUCAGACGUGUGAGACUCCACCUCCAAGCCCCUGUGCUUUCAUGGAGCCGCCCAUCAACAGUGUACCAGUGCCAGCUGAUGCCAUACGCAUGGUGGGCAUCCGCAAAGUGGCUGGAGAGCACUUGGGUGUCACUUUCCGUAUUGAGAAUGGAGAGCUGGUGAUCGCACGCAUUCUCCACGGAGGGAUGAUCGAUCAGCAGGGCUUGCUCCAUGUGGGUGACAUCAUUAAGGAGGUGAAUGGGAAGGAGGUGGGUGGCGACCCACGUGUUCUUCAGGAGAUGCUUCAGGAGGCCAGCGCCAGUGUGGUGCUCAAAAUUCUUCCCAGUUAUCAGGAGCCACACCCACCCAGACAGGUUUUUGUGAAGUGCCAUUUUGAUUAUGAUCCUGCAAAUGACAACCUCAUCCCUUGCAAGGAGGCAGGACUACAGUUCACCAGUGGAGACAUUCUGCAUAUUGUUAAUCAGGAGGAUGUGAACUGGUGGCAGGCCCGUCAUGUAGAGGGAGGCAGUGCUGGCCUGAUUCCCAGUCAACUUCUGGAGGAGAAGAGGAAAGCUUUUGUGAAGCGAGAUGUAGAGCUGUCACCAGCAGCCAAUCUGUGUACUGGAAUGGUUGGCAAAAAGAAGAAGAAAAUGAUGUAUCUGACUACAAAAAAUGCAGAGUUCGACAGGCAUGAGUUGCUCAUUUAUGAAGAGGUAGCAAAAGUACCUCCUUUUCGCAGAAAGACGCUGGUUCUGAUAGGUGCACCAGGAGUGGGCCGACGAAGCCUGAAGAACAAGCUGCUUGUGUCAGAUCCUCAGCACUACGGGACCACCAUUCCCUACACCUCCAGAAAACCCAAAUCAGCAGACAAAGACAAUACGAUGUAUGCAUUCACAUCCCGCAGUAAGAUGGAAGCUGAUAUUAAAGAUGGGUGCUACCUUGAACAUGGUGAAUAUGAUGGUAACCUCUAUGGCACCAAGAUUGACUCCAUCCAUGAAGUAGUGGAGGCUGGCCGCAUCUGCAUCUUGGAUGUCAACCCACAGGCCCUAAAGAUCCUCAGGACAUCAGAGUUUUUGCCUUAUGUGGUGUUCAUCAAAGCCCCUGAGGUUGAGGUGCUUAAGGAAAUGAAUAGAUCUGGGAUCGAGGCAGGAGUGGCGACCAAACGCCUAACAGACAUAGAGCUGAAGAGGACAGUGGAUGAGAGUGCCAAGAUUCAGCGAGUGUAUGGACACUACUUUGACCUCACCAUAGUAAACGACAAUUUGGAUCAGGCAUACCAGAACCUCAAGGCCUCCUUAGAAAAGUUAAAGGGAGCUCAGCAGUGGGUUCCAGUUGGGUGGGUCUUUUAGAGAUAAACCAUCAUGGAGCUCAUCAUAGCAACUAUUGGUUUUUUCAUGUGAGAUUUAAAAAUAGUGCCACCCGUUUCAUAUCAUUAGUGCCAAAGGUAGACACUGAUUAUGUUACUGGUCAAAGAGAUCUGUCUCUUGUAUGAGUGCAUGUGUGAGUGUGCAGAGUUACCACCUCCACUUUUCUAACAAGGCUACAUCCUGAUACAAAAUUUAGAACCUCGGUGUGCAACUAAAUAUUGUGCCAGAAUUUAGCCACAGUCUUAUCUUUUUAUUUACAGUAUAAGCAGUGUUUCAGUUCAAAGUUUCAGUUUAAACACAUAUUUGGAAUUACAGAUCAUUAUUACAUAUAUAAUGAGAAUGAGAUACAUAUAUUAAAGGUGAAGUGUGUAAUUUUUGUCAACGAACGGAAUUGCAAAAUAAUGGCUGGUUUCAAAAAUGUUUCCAGAACACUCCCCCUGAACACAAACAUUCCAAACGUAAGUUCGGGAGGAGCUUGUUCAUCUUGACCAGCCAAUGAUAUCUCAAGAAUAUAUAAGCAGCUGCUUUCCUCACUGACAAUUCUUCCAACCUGGUCUCAUAGAAUGAACGUUUCUCUAUAUACAUUUUGCAAACACACUUUUACGUGCUGCUUUCUACGUUUCACUGCAGUUUCCUGGUCAAAUAAACACAAGAGGCGCUACAACAACUGUGCCUUUUAUACAGUCAAAUAAAUCACGAGUACAAUUGCUGAUUAUGACUUCAUAAAAACAUGUUUUUUUUUAUUAUUUACCCCCCACUAUGUUAUGAUAUCAAAACACUUUUGCUUUAACACAUGAUUUAAAAAGCGAUACAUUUUAACACUUGUAUUACAGACCCAACUACAUAUACACACUUAUUCCUACACCGUUAGCUUAUUUGGUAGCUCACUUGAAAUAGCGUUGGACUUUGAACUCUAUGACUGCAGUUCAAAACCAGCCAAAGACGCACGAAAGUGAAAGUGGCAUAGAAGCGACAUGAAAUGAUGAAGUUGCUUCAGUAAAUGUAUUUCUUUAUUUUAAUUUACAUUUUAUUUAAAACACUUUAGGUAAGGGUAAGGUUUUGGUUAAGGGUAAAGAUGUCCGUUUUGUUAAACUCUCAUUUAUUUUUACGGUAUAUCUAGUGACACUAUUGGUUAGAUUUAGGGUAAAGUUUUAGGUUAGAGAGGUAAGUUUUACUUAUUAAAACCUCCAUCUAAAAUUCACCUUAAAACCCUUGUCUGAUUGCAACCUCAUUUUGCUCGGUUUUGGCGCCCCCCAUUGGACAUUUCACUUAAAAACUGCAGCCAAAUGUGUAAUGAAGCACAUAAUUUCAGAUUUGCAAAAACAUUGCAAUGUUCACUUAAAUUUAAUAAGACCAGGCUGAAUUCUUGUGGCAUACCUCCACCUCCCCAUCUCCACCUUUAUAUUUUAUAACGCCUUUGGAAAUUAAUAUUCAAAAUUGUCUUCGUUUCUUUAGUCAGAUAGUCGGGAAAGGGGGGGGGGGGCAUCUCAGAGCUCAAGCCCAGUUCCGUGUUCAAGCCCCUCCAUUAUGGACAGCAUGCAAAAUCCAUUAACUUCAAUGCGCUCCAGGACUACAUGAACCAGUGAACUUAUGAAACACUUUUCAGGUGAAUCAACCUACAAAUGGCUUACUUAUAUUUGUCUCUGGAUAUUGAGCUGGGAUUGGGAAAAGUGCUUUAUCAUUUAAAAUAAAUUACACACAUCACCAUUUAAAUAUUAUUUUGUUUUUCUUCACAAUCCUAAAUUAGGUAUUUACAGAUUUGUAUGGGUGGUAGGCUGAUUGGACAGUGUUUCAUCUCUGAAUUCUAUUUUUAUUAUAAGGCUCUAUUUUGUGUGAGCUCCUAUUGGUACGUCACCUUUUGUACAGUUUUUUUUUUUCUUAAACAUCCACAAUACAGCACUAUUUUGUCUACAUCUAGUGACAGAAUAUACUGAAAUGUAAGUGGUCAAAUUGAGACUCUGAGAGCACACUGACAGGGGUAUAGUAAUAGAAACAGUAGGCAUUGCAUAGAAAUUAUAUUUUGAUACACAGAUACUUACCUCACAGUGUACUGUGUAAAAAGUGACAGAAUGCAGUCAUGUAUUUUUUUUCAGACGGCUGUUUUUUUUUAACUCAUCAUAGCCAGUUAAGUCAAAUAUAUAUUUCCAUAUCCUCAUACAAACAUAUGGCAAUAAUUUGGAAAGGUUCGAGAGACCAAACAUUGCUUUUACCCCUUGUUUAGAAAAGAACAUGUGAAAUGAAGACAAGUACAGUGCUAGAGCAUGACAUUUGAGACCUGUUUAUAAAGAUCUAUGAAGAUACUGUUGGUGUAAAAUGUAGUCACUGCAUGUGUCUGUGUAAUGCCGUUCUCUGGUCUGCAUACAUCACAAUGUAUUUAUUCAUAUUGCUGUGCAUGCUUCUUUGAUGACUAUAUAUCUUUUUCUUAAAGGCAAACCCUCUCUACUUUUUUAUUAUGUAUUUUCUUCAAGUGAUAAUUUAUAUUAAGUGAUUAUCAUUCAUGCCAAUAUUUGGCUUGAAAACUGGCAGCUAUUGCUUAUUGGUUUUUAUUAUUUAUAUUUAUGUGUAAGGUGUUGGAAUCAGGAUUUGAGUUUUGAUAUUACUCAUUUUUUACAUAUCACAUAAUGGUAGAGUAUAAGAUAGAGGCAAAUGUAGUCAUCAUGUUUCUCUUUAAAAAAUCAGUGUAUGGAUUGAAAAACAAUCUGUAAAUUGCCCGAUGUCUGAAAUAAAAUGUUUGG